AUGAGAGGAGUGAAAGCCAGGCUCACUCUAAGACCAAACAGUGUACCCAAAUUCUGCCCACCACGCAACGUGCCAUAUGCUCUUCGACCGCAAGUGGAAGCUGAGCUGACAUGCCUCACUGAGCUUGGCGUCAUCUCACCUGUGGCGCAUAGCGACUGGGCUACGCCAGUGGUGCCCGUGAACAAGAAAGACGGCACCGUGAGACUCUGCGGGGACUUCAAAGUCAUCAUCAACCCAGCUCUCUGCAUCGACAAGUACCCAAUUCCACGUAUUGAGGACUUGUUUGCUUCUCUCGCUGGAGGUCAACGCUUCAGUAAGCUGGAUCUAUCCAAUGCAUAUCUACAGAUGGAAGUAGAAGAGAGCUCCAAGAAGUUGCUGAUCAUCUCAACACAGAAAGGACUUUUCUGCUUCAACCGCUUGCCGUUUGGUGUAGCGUCAUCGCCCGCGUUGUUCCAGAAGGCAAUGGACCAGGUGCUCCUCGGACUGCCACACACUCACUGCUACCUGGACGACAUACUGGUCAGUGGUCCCGACAAGCAGACACACCUGAAAACUCUGGAUGCAGUACUCAGCAGGCUAGAGGAAUACGGCCUGCACCUCAAGCAAGAGAAAUGUCUCUUCUUCCAGGAAUCCAUGGAAUAUCUGGGCUACAUUAUCGAUGCUGCUGGGCUCCACAAGUCACCGGAGAAGGUACACGCCAUCAUGGAAGCACCAGCACCAGGCGAUGUAAGUCAACUUCGAUCUUUCCUAGGAAUACUUAACAAAGAAAAGAAAUGGCAGUGGACGUCAGCCUGUGCAUCAGCGUUCCAGAAAGCCAAAGCACUCCUGGUAUCACAAGAGGUGCUCACACACUACAACCCUGAGUUGCCUCUCCGUCUCGCUUGCGACGCUUCACCCUAUGGGAGACCCUAUGGGGUUGGCGCUGUUCUUUCGCAUGUCAUGCCGGAUGGCGAUGAAAAACCCAUCGCCUAUGCAUCCAGAACUCUCAGCAAAGCAGAACAAAACUACGCUCAGAUUGAGAGGGAGGCGUUAGCGAUAGUCUUUGGAGUACGCAAGUUCCACCAGUACCUGUAUGGCAAUACAUUCACUCUACUCACUGACCAUCGCCCGCUUACAACCAUCUUCAGGCCAGUGAAAAGCACACCAUCCAUGGCUGCAGCUCGCAUGCAACGCUGGGCGCUCCUGCUUUCCGCUCACAAUUACACCAUUGAGUACCGAAAGGGGGCCCUACAUGCCAACGCUGAUGGACUGUCGAGGUUACCACUCCCUCAUGGCCCCAGUAAGAAACAAUGUGCAGUGGAGGUGUUCUACACGUCACAGUUGGACACAUUGCCAGUCAGCAACGCCGAGAUCAAGCGUCACACCAUGUCUGACUCCACCCUGUCCCGUGUCAUGGAAAUGGUCACAACUGGCCAUUUUCCAGCUGCAAAGGACGCAGGUGAGCUGUCUCCCUAUCUCCAGCGCCACCAUGAUCUCACUGUGCAGCACGGAUGCCUUAUGUGGGGGUUGAGAGUGAUUGUGCCACACAAACUGCGCCCCCGGGUGCUGACAGAACUACACUCAGCACACCCAGGUGUAGUAAGGAUGAAGAGCUUAGCUCACAGCUACGUUUGGUGGCCCAGCAUCGACUCUCAGAUUGAGCACCAAGCAAAGUCAUGCCACUCAUGCCAGUGUCCUACAAGGUAA